AUGAUUCCUAGAGGAAUAGUCAAAUAAUAGUUUAUUGAUUUAUUGAUAAUAAUAGCAAAUCUUCAAAAUUUCAAAUAACAGGAAUGGAAUUGCUUAUUUAUAGAGGCUUUUCAUUUGUAAUAGGAUAAGUAUUUAUAUGAAGAAUUAAAGAAACUUGAUAAUUAGAUCAGUGGUCCUUCUGGAUCUUAAAAAAAUUUGAAGCAAUAGAUUUAUUUAAAAUAAUAUUAGCACUAUUUUUAUAUAAAAAGGUAAAUCGAUGUUUUAAAUUUAGAAAGAGUAUUUCAUUCGAGUUUUUAGUGGCAUUAACAAAAAUUGUAGAAGGAUUUAAAAAGAAAAAGAAUUUAGUAAGAAAAUCUACAUAUUUGAUUAGAUAUGA